AUGCCUUCACGGAAUGGCCCCCCUCGUCAUAUUUACGAAGUACUACGUCCUAUGUUGAUAUUUUCGAAAAUAUUCGGAUUUACAGCAUUUCAUAUUGAGGGCGAACCCCCGCACGUACAGGUUAAAGUGACUGGAAUUGAUUCCGCUGCUUUGUUGUUGAAUUUUAUCGCAAAUAGCUUUUGCGUGUAUUUGAAUGCAGCAAAAUAUGAUGGUCUGUUGCGUACAUCUAGCUCGGUAGUUAUGGAUACGGGACUGGGUUUUUUGUUUUCUUUUGGAGCAUUUGUCAUGAUUAUGCUAGCCAUCGAUAACUUUUUGCGUCGUAGCUAUACGUGUGAUAUAAUUGCAAAAUUGUUUGAUGUAGACCGUUCGUUACGAAGAAAAAACGGUCAGAUGGACCAUUUAAGUGUCGAGUUUCGAUUGUUAUCACGUAUUUUGAUCAUUAUGUUUGGGUUCCUCGGAUUGGGAGUCGUAUUCUCGAUUGCUAUGGCAUUUGUUUCAAACUUUUCCGUGCGUCUUCAUGCAAUUAAUGCAUUUUCUUAUGCUCUCACGGGAUUACAAUUCCUGAUAGUAAACUUUCAUUUUGUGUCCACCGCCCAGUUGAUUACACAUCGUUUAAUAGCGAUCGAGCGUUGUUUUCGAGCACAUCUGACAGCGGAAUCAUGGUGGAUAGUGCAAAAAGAUCGAUGGAACCGAAAUAAAACAAGCAAUAUUGAUGUGAUUUCUGAGCUUGCAGAUGAUUUUGCUGCACUUGUGCGUAUAGUAGAACUGGUGAAUCGAGUCUUUUCCAAUCAAAUCAUAGUGCUAAUAUCCGGUGUUGGUAUGUUUAGUAUUUUUGUGAUUUACGCUUGUUCAUACAGUUAUUAUUUUGGAAAAACGGAGGAACUUCAUUUGGCUGCAAUUUUACUGAUGGCUUGGUUGUUUUAUAUCGUAAUGGUGGGGCUUAUUUUUUCUUCUGGGGUGAGUGUAACAAAUGCAGCUAGUGGUUUCAAUUGUAUUCUGAAUGAAGCAAUACAAAGUGUGAAUGACGAAGCCACGAAAAAAAAAAUGAUUCAUUUUUCCCACCAAAGCCUUCACCGUGAACCGAAGUUGCAUAGUAUUUUCUGUAAUUUCACAUGGCAAUCUAUGUUUAAUAUGAUUGGGAUUGCUAUGACGUAUCUUGUGAUACUCAUGCAAUUUGAUGUAAUAUCUGAUUAA